AUGAUGAUAAACGACCACAGUGUCUUAGGAUUAUUUAAGAAGGUCUGGAAUCGAUUAACAUUAACGAAGACACAGGAUGAAAUGGAAGAUGAGAUACAAAAAGAAAAAUCGGACGGACCGCUGAAUUUUUUUCAUAUGAAUACAAUCGGAGUGGGUGCUAUUAUUGGUGCUGGCAUCUUUGUUUUGAGUGGUAAUGUCGCAGCAAAUUAUACUGGUCCGAGCAUAAUUCUUUCAUAUCUCAUCGCCGCUGUGGUAGCCUUUUUGGCUGCUUUAUCCUUUGCUCAAAUGUCCUCGAUGCUACCGAUAUCGGGGUCAUCGUACAGCUAUGUUUAUAUGACGAUGGGUGAAUUUUGUGCAUGGUUAGUCGGUUGGGAUUUAUCCUUAGAAUAUGCAUUCGCUGUGGCUACCAUCAGCGUUAGUUGGUCAGCUUAUGUCAGGUCAUUUAUUGAGAUGAUAUUUCAUAUUGAAGCUGAUCAAUGGAUUUUAUUGGCACCAAUCAGCUGGAAUCAGACAACACAAUCUCUUUCUUUAACCGGUUCAUAUUGCGAUCUACCGGCCAUAAUUAUUGUCUUUACAUUGUCAGCCUUACUACUAUAUGAUCUUCGAGCAACUGCUAUUAUCAACAGUAUCAUCGUUGUUUUUAAAGUUGUUGUUAUUCUUAUUUUUAUAUGUGCAUCAAUUAAGUUUAUUCAUCCAAAGAAUUAUCAUCCAUUUAUUCCUGCAUUUAUUCCUCGAGACAAAGGCGGUCCGAAAUAUGGGGCCGCUGGACUGUUUCAUGGAACGACGAUAAUUUUUUUUUCUUAUAUUGGAUUUGAUACAAUAACAACAGCAGCACAGGAAACACAGAGAAACAGAAAAAAGUUGUAUUUGCCACUGAGCAUUCUGACAUCGUUAGCUAUAUCAACUAUAUUAUAUAUCGGGGUUGUUUCCGUAUUGAUUGGUGUCGCUCCCUAUGCGGAUCUAUCCAUUAGGAGCCCAAUAUCAGCGGUUACUGAUCAUCCAUUAAAAUCGUCCGACUAA